AUGGGAUAUGCCAUGGCGAACUGGGGCGUUGCAGCUGGACGAGAGAUGGUGCAGGCGCCUCGGCUGAUGCUUUCCACCAUAAACCCAGCAGUUGGCGGAGCUGGCGCUAUGGCCUGUAGCAUUGCGCAGUUCGCCAAGCAGAGAUCCUGGGAAGAAGCUUUGGGCCUGCUGAUCCAACUGAAGCAUUCAUCUUUGCAGGUAAACCAACGGACCUGCAGUGCCGUCAUCAGUGCAUGUGAGACGACAUCCAGCUGGCCCUUGGCCCUGCAGUUGUUCCGUCAGCUGUCGACCGUGGAUUUGAUCGCCGUUAGCCUUGCGAUGAAGGUCUGCAGUCGGGGGCGGCAGUGGACGCUGGCGCUGACGCUACUGGAGGAAAUGGAGAUGCAGCAGUUGGAAGGUGAUGUGAUUCUCUACAGCACCGUGGUCACUUGCCUGGAACGCUCAUCACAGUGGCCAAAGGCCUUGCGGCUCUUUGGGGAGCUUCAGCAGCAAAGGAUGGUCGACCUUUUGGCCUACACCUCCGCCAUCCUUUCCUGCGACCGUGGUGGGCAAUGGCCACAGGCUGUGCAGCUGCUUCAGGAGCUCCGGCAGCACGAGCUGCGCGCCGAUCACGUCCUCGCCCGCGCGGUGCUGACGUGCUGCGAUCGCCAGACGCAGUGGCAGCAGGUGCUGCUCUGCGCGACGACGUCGACGGCCAGGGAUUCUUCAUGGGAGGUGAAGCCAGCACUGGCAUUCGCAAAGGGUCUGCAGUGGAAGGAGGUUUUGCUGUUGGCAUCCGGUCACUCAGAAGCGGCAGGACCAGUGACAGCAUUGACAGCAGUGGCCAUCGGGGCCUGCGAGCAGAACUGGAGGCUGGGGAUCUGCAUUUUCGCGGACAUGGCUCAAGAACUGAAAGAACGGAGAAGCAACCCAGAUGCGAUUGAUGCGACAGCGGGCAUUUUCGCCUGUGGUUCAGCCAUGAGUUGCUGCGAAAAGGCGGGAGAGUGGCGUGUGGCCUUGCAACUCCUGAGGCAGAUGAAGGAUCUGCAGCUGGAGGCGACCGUGGUGAUCUACAACUCAGCCAUCAGCGCAUGUGAGAAGGGCAAGACAUGGCAGAAGGCUUUGUCACUCUUCCUGGAGCUCACAACGCUGGGCCUCGAGGCCGAUGCCAUCAGUUUCAACGCGCUCAUUUCGGCCUGUGAAAAGUGCCGACGCUGGGAAGAAGCCUUGCUCUUCUUGGACCUUGCGGGAGACGUGGCGGACGAAACGACGUGGAACGCCGCCAUCAGCGCCUGCGAGAAGUGCGCCGAGUGGCGCUGGGCUCUGGAGCUGCUGAUGCGACAUUUCGCCGUGGGGUCGCCGGGGGUGGUGAGUGUCAAUGCGGCAAUCUCGGCCUGUGAGAAGUGCGGUCGCUGGCAGCACGCACUUCUCUUGUUGGAUUUCAUGACGUCCAUCUCCCUGGACAUCAACGUCAUCACUAUCAGCGCCGCCAUCAGCGCGUGCGAGAAGGGCAGCCAGUGGCCAACGGCCCUCCGGCUAUUGGCUGCCAGCAUGGAGAAGAAUGUUAUCAGCUAUAGCGCAGCCAUGAGCGCCUGUGCCAAGGGCAUGCAGUGGCAACAUGCUUUGUUGCUACUGGCGGACUUGAAGCUUCAAACCCUUCAGAGCAACAUCAUCAUCUACAACACAGCUAUCUAUGCGUGUAGCUGCCAUGCCCAGUGGCAGCAAGCCUUGAAUUUGCUGAAUGAUCUUAGGCACCAAGAGAUCCAACAAGAUGCAACCACUUGCAGCGCGGCGAUUCUAUCCUGUGAGUGCGCGGGGCAACGCACGCGGCUUUUGUACCUUUUGACUCAGCUGCUGGAUGUGCUUCCGAGACCUCCUAAGCAGCUUCGAUCCAUUAACGGUAGUCAUGCCACGCUGGAUCUGCCGCCGGCGGUGGCGGCGGCCUUCAAUGCCCCCACGCCUGGGCCGGCGACGGCUCUGACGCCAGAAGAGCAGCGAGCGCAAAUGAUGCGAGCGGUCCAGGAGGAUGCCAAGAAGAUGCACGCGCAGACUGGGAAAAGUGACUUGGACGAUCCCUUCAAAGAGCUGGCGGAUCAGAAAUGA